AUGGAGAACCUAACGAAACUCGAAUUCGCAGGUCUCGAUAUCUCAGGAAAUAACUAUAUUUCUUGGGCACUUGAUGCCGAGCUUCAUUUGGAAGCUAAAGGCCUCGCGCAUACUAUUACGGAAGGAAACAACGCGUCCAACCAGGACCGCGCUACAGCUCUAAUUUUCCUUCGCCAUCAUCUCCACGAUGAUUUGAAAAGGGAAUAUUUGACAGUUAAAGAUCCAUUUACUUUGUGGAACUGUCUGAAAAAAUGGUUUGACCACCUGAAGUUGGUCAUACUUCCAAAAGCUCGGAAUGAUUGGUUGAACUUGCGGCUGCAAGAUUUUCGAUCAGUGGCAGCCUAUAACUCUGCUCUGUUUAACAUCACCUCAACACUAAAAUUGUGCGGUGAAGAUGUCACUGACGAACAAAUGUUAGAGAAAACAUUUACAACCUUUCAUGCCUCGAAUGUGCUCCUGCAGCAGCAAUAUCGAGAACGUAAAUUUACGGAAUAUUCCGAGCUAAUUUCUUGUUUGUUGAUUGCAGAGCAGAAUAAUGAGCUUUUGUUGAGAAACCAUGAAGCUCGUCCCGUUGGCUCCAUGGCGAUGCCUGAAGCACACACAGCUACGUCCUUUGGACGGGGAAAUAAUCAUGGUAACAAAGGCAAAGGUGGAUAUGGUAAAGGAAACCAACGUGGGGGACACAAAAAUGAACGGGGAAAGGGUACCCGUUACCAGCCAUACCAAGGAAAAGGUACCCGUUACCAGCCAUACCAAGGAAAAUGUACCCGUUACCAGCCAUACCAACGUCCGCUGAAAAUUGCGGAACCAAAGGAACCGAAGCAAGAAAAGGGAAAGGGUUCUUCUAGUCAACCUCCUCAGAAGGAUGUUUGCUAUCGGUGUGGCUUAACUGAUCACUGGCAGCGUACCUGUCGUACGCCGGAACAUUUUGUUAAGCUCUAUCAGGCGUCCCUGAAGCGACCAGCCGAAAACAUAGAGACAAAUUUAAUAGAAGCCAGUGCCCCUAGUACCAAUAAUACCCACUUGGAUGUGUCUGAUUAUCUCGUCGACCCUGAAGGUGGCGAGCCUAGUCAGUUUUCUUUUGAUGAGCUGUAG